AUGCCUUCAAGAAACAGUAUAAAUAGACCAAAAGAUAAGUUAUACCGUGCUAGCCACAACAACUCCAUUGGUAAAAAGAGGGUUGCUCGUGCCAGAAAAGCUGCCCCAACCAGAUCAUCUACAUCUCGUUAUAAUACCAGUAGUGCUCCAACUCCUACUGAAUCUAAAGCAGUCGCAUUAUAUAAUGGUGGUAAUCCAGGAACUGUGUUAAGUAGUACAUCCUUAUCCAAUAAGAGAGCCAAAAAACUUUCAAGAAACCAAAAAUAUAUCAAUAAAAGAAAUGAACAAUUAAGUAUUGAUGUAUUAGCUAAACAAGAAGAAGGUAUGGAUAUUGAUGAAACUUCAAGAGCAGAAGAAGAAAAGAAACAAAAGGAACAAAGUCAGUUAGAUAAGGUUAAACAAGCUUUAUGGGCUGUUGUUGAAGAUGCCUCAAGUGCAUCAUUCAAAGUCAAUACUGAAGGUGAAGGUACUACUUUAGGUGUUCAAGCUUUUUAA